AGAAAAAGAAUAACAACGUUUUCCUCUUUGCAGACUUCCACGAAACUCACCCCCUUCCCUUACGCUACGGUCUACACCUCCUUCAAUCUCUUCCUCCCUCCCUAAACCCUAACCCUAACCCUAAUUCCAUCUUCAUGGAGGAAAAACCCACUCAAUUUGACCCCACGUCCCUUAAUCCCCACCAAAAGACCCUCAAAAUUUCGUUACCCAAGAAGCACUAGAAUUUCCCCCAAAUACCCAAAAUGGACCCAGCUCUUUCCCCCUCCUCCGAAGGCGGUGGCGAUGGCGAUGGCGAUACGGCGUGGUACGGAAACAUCCAGUACCUGCUCAACAUCUCGGCAAUCGGCGCGUGCUGCUGCGUCUUCAUCUUUCUCUUCGUGAAGCUCCGCAGCGACCACCGCCGGAUUCCGGGGCCCACCGCUCUCGCCGCCAAGCUCCUCGCGGUCUGGCACGCCACGCGCCGUGAGAUCGCGUCCCACUGCGGCGCCGACGCCGCUCAGUUCCUCUUGAUCGAAGGCGGAAGCUGCGCUUUGCUCCUCUCCGUCGCCGCUCUAUCACUCCUCGUGAUGCUGCCUCUCAAUAUCUACGCAGGUACGGCUCCUCUAAACGACCAGUUCUCCAAAACGACCAUCACUCACAUUGCAAAAGGUUCGCUUUUACUCUGGGUACAUUUUGUUUUCGUUGUCGUUGUUGUCGUUUUGGUACAUUUCAGUAUGCUUGGGAUUGAAGAACGGUUAAGGAUCACUAGGUUUAGGGACGGAAAUGGAAAUUUGAGUGACCCAAAUGCGAAUUCGACUGCGAUUUUCACUAUAAUGGUGCAGGGAUUACCCAAAGCUCUAGGGGACGAUAGAACUGUGUUGCAAGAGUAUUUUCAGUAUAGGUAUCCCGGGAAGGUUUAUAGGGUCAUCGUGCCAAUGGAUUUGUGUGCAUUGGAUGAUUUAGCUGAGGAAUUGGUUAGGGUUAGGGAUGAGAUUUCUAGGCUGAUUGCGCGAAUAGACUCUCGGGUUUUUCUUGAUGAGAGCGAGGAUGUUGGAAAUGGAUUCAGUUUGAUGGUGGGAAAAGGGAAGGUCUUGUGGGAUGGGAUAAUGGAAAGGCUGGGUUUUACAGACGAAGAGAGGUUGAGAAGGUUGCAGGAGUUGAGAGCUGAAUUGGAGACCGAACUGGCGGCUUAUAAAGAAGGCCGUGCACCGGGUGCUGGAGUGGCCUUUGUGAUGUUUAAGGACGUUUACACGGCGAAUAAGGCUGUUCAGGAUUUUCGGAACGAGAAGAAGAGGCGGUUUGGGAAGUUCUUUUCCCUCGUGGAGUUGCGUCUUGAGAGGAACCAAUGGAAGGUUGAGCGGGCUCCCUUGGCAUCCGAUAUUUACUGGAAUCAUUUGGGAUCAACGAAGCUUCAAUUAAGGUUGCGGAGAGUGGUUGUGAACACCUGCUUAUUGCUGAUUCUUUUGUUCUUCAGUUCUCCUCUUGCUGUGAUCAGUGCUGUGCAGAGUGCAGGACGGAUUAUUAAUGCGGAAGCUAUGGAUAAUGCACAAGUGUGGUUGGCUUGGGUGCAAAGCUCAAGCUGGCUUGCAAGCCUUAUCUUUCAGUUCCUGCCAAAUGUUAUUAUAUUUGUGAGUAUGUAUAUAGUGAUCCCGUCAGCUCUUUCUUAUCUCUCCAAGUUUGAACGGCAUCUGACAGUGUCAGGAGAGCAAAGAGCUGCACUUUUGAAGAUGGUUUGCUUCUUCCUGGUAAACCUCAUUCUCCUGAGGGCUUUAGUUGAAUCAUCCUUAGAGAGUGCAAUCCUGAAGAUGGGUCGGUGCUAUUUGGAUGGAGAAGAUUGUAAGAGGAUUGAGCAAUACAUGAGUCCAUCAUUCUUGUCGAGAUCAUGCCUUUCGUCUCUUGCGUUUCUGAUCACAUGCAGUUUCUUGGGCAUAUCUUACGAUCUGUUGGCUCCAAUCCCUUGGAUCAAAAGAAAUAUUCAAAAGUUCAGGAAGAAUGAUAUGCUCCAGCUGGUCCCAGAACAAAGUGAAGAGUACCCAUUAGAACAUCAAGAAAUAGAUGGUCUUAGGAGACCACUGAUGCCUGACAUUAUGUAUGACAGUCCCAGAUUCCAUAGAAGUGAUCUACCGGUGCAAGAUCUUUCUGUAUAUCCAAUCAACAGAACGUCAACUGCUCCCAAGCAGACAUUUGAUUUUGCACAGUAUUAUGCUUUCAAUUUGACAAUAUUUGCCCUGACCAUGAUAUAUUCUUCAUUUGCUCCACUCGUGGUCCCUGUUGGUGCUGUUUAUUUUGGCUAUAGGUAUGUGGUUGACAAGUACAACUUUCUGUUUGUAUAUAGAGUCCGGGGUUUUCCUGCUGGCAAUGACGGGAGGUUAAUGGAUACUGUCUUGUGCAUCAUGCGAUUCUGUGUGGAUCUCUUCCUGCUUUCGAUGCUCUUGUUCUUUUCAGUCCAAGGAGACUCCACGAAAUUGCAAGCUAUAUUCACACUUGGUUUGCUAGUAAUGUAUAAACUGAUGCCUUCUAAUAAUGAUGGUUUUCAUCCAGCUCUUUUGGAAGGCAUACAAACUGUUGACAACAUUGUAGAUGGGCCAAUUGAUUAUGAGGUCUUAUCACAGCCUAAAUUUGACUGGGAUACAUAUCAUACAUGAGUGAGGCUGUAUUACAUUAUACUCAGUUUAUUUGUGCAGAUCCGUCUCUGUUGGCCCUAAUGUAAAAAAUAAAAAGGAAAAAAAAAAAAAAAAAAAAUUCUUUCUCAGGUGUUCA